GAGACGAGACUAAAGCUCGAAUUAAACAUGUAGCUAGCGCAUGAAUGUGUUUCUGGACUCCUAAUAAAAGUAGCUAGCUAGGUACGCUUAAAUUUCGAUUCAGAUUGAGGCGAUUUUGUAAGUUAACGUUGCAUAACUAGCGCAACCAGGAAUUCUCUCCCAAAGAAGCGCGCUCAUUUUUAUCAAUGCAUGCAUUUUCUCAGCGACAGUGGUGAAGUAUCGCUAGCGACCAUUGCUAGUUAGUUAGCUGGCUAACUGGGCCAUUUUUAAUUUACCUUCCUUGCCGACUCGUGAGGUCUGGUUUCUUGGGUAGAUUGAGAUUCUGUAUGAUUCCAUGUAGUCAGUGUUCUUUACCAUUCAGGUGGGCUAAAAAUGCCAUCGCAAGACCUCCAGCCAAUUCUGAAAAGGAAAGUCGACGAACUGUUCCUGAAUUGGCUGAGUGAGCCGGCCACCCAGGAGAUUUUGAAGGAGGACCUGAGACUGAUAAAGAAUGGAGAGAGCGCGGCUUGCCGCGAACGAAUUUCAACCCCGAAGAACCUGACGGAGAGAGCGUCGUCGUCUCCGAGCGGCCCCUCCAGCCCCUCCUCGACGGCCCUGCCCUCUGGGAUUGGUGGAAAUGCCCGAGUGGCUUCUGGUGGCAGAGCACUGCACCGAUCGCUCAGCAUCAAAAAGGCGCAGGUCAAGAAAGAGGAGCCAAUUACGCCGGCGUUGAGCGAAAGCAUUCCGAAGUUCUACUUCCCCCGCGGACGGCCCGAGGCCAACCUCAACAUCGACACUCUCAUUUCCAGGGUUGAGAAAACAUUUUCGCAAUUCCCCAAUGAAAGGGCCACCAUUGAGGACAUGGGGAAGGUUGCCAAGGCCUGCGAGUGCCCCCUCUAUUGGAAAGCUCCAUUGUUCUACUCAGCUGGAGGCGACAGGACGGGAUUUGUCUCCGUUCACAAGUUCAUCGCCAUGUGGAGGAAGGUACUGCAGACCUGUCACGAUGACGCAGCCAAAUUUGUCCACCUUUUGGCCAAGCCUGGCUGUAAUUAUCUGGAACAAGAAGACUUUAUCCCAUUCCUGCAGGAUGUGGUGAACUCGCACACCGGCCUCCUGUUUCUGAAGGAAGCUUCUGAUUUUCACUCUCGCUACAUCACAACAGUUGUUCAGAGGAUAUUUUACAAUGUGAAUAGGUCAUGGACGGGAAGAAUCACGUGUUCAGAACUCAGGAAAAGCAGCUUUCUACAGAAUGUGGCCCUGCUGGAGGAGGAUGAUGACGUGAACCAGCUCACUGAGUAUUUUUCCUAUGAACAUUUCUACGUCAUCUACUGUAAAUUCUGGGAGCUGGACACAGACCACGACCUGUACAUAGACAAGAGAGACCUCGCUCGGCACAACGACCAAGCCAUUUCUCUCAGGAUGAUUGAACGGAUAUUCUCCGGGACAGUCACCAGGGACAAGAAAGUGCAUAGAGAGGGAAGAAUGAGCUAUGCAGACUUUGUGUGGUUCCUCAUCUCCGAGGAGGACAAAAGAACCACCACCAGUAUAGAGUACUGGUUUCGGUGCAUGGAUCUGGAUGGGGACGGAGUUCUAUCCAUGUACGAGCUGGAGCACUUCUACCAGGAGCAGUGCCAGAAGCUGGAGACCAUGGCCAUCGAGUCCCUGCCCUUUGAGGACUGUCUGUGCCAAAUGCUGGACCUGGUGAGGCCCGCCGUCCCAGGAAAGAUCACCCUCCACGACCUGAAGAGGUGCAAACUGUCCCACGUGUUCUUCAACACGUUCUUCAACAUCGAGAAGUACCUGUACCACGAGCAGGAUCCGUCCUCCGGCACGGAGGGAGAGCCCGAGGGCCAGGACGUCUCGGACUGGGAGAAGUACGCCGCGGAGGAGUACGACAUCCUGGUGGCGGAGGAGACGGCCAACGAGCAGUGCGAUGGGUACGACAACGCCAUUGACCCUAACGAGUUGGGCCUGCACACGGAAAAAACCCACUUUUUCCAGAUUCCCACCCCCCCCUGCAGCCUGGACCUGGACGAGUACGAGUACGAUUUUGAGUGACAGGCACAUCGGCAUGGUAACGGUUUUACUGGUCAGUAGCGGAAUGCUGUUCCAUCUGUACAUAGCAGUGCUUGUAGUAUUUAUUAUGCAAAUUUCUGUGAUUGGGGGGGGGGGGUAUAUACGUGUACAGAAUGUAUUGGGCGGGGGCUUUGGGGGGGGGGGGGUCACUGCACUGGAACUUAAUGCUUCAACACUGAAAUACACUUGAACUGUUGAAUGUGCACUAAGUAUAUAUAAGCAAUUCAUUUGUCAUUCAUAAAAUUGGCUAAUAUAACAUUCCAGGGAUAUUAACCAAAAUUAACAUGCGGAAUGCAAGACUGUUGCAUAUUUUCAAGAGUAACAGACUGUUUUUUUAUGGAAAAAAAAAAAGAAAAGAAAUCCAGGUGCCUGAUAAUACAAUGCCUCACCUAUGCAGCUGUCCUUAUUACAUUAGAGUACACCUGUGCCUUGUAAUAUACAAUAAUGUACUUCAGUCUCAGAGGUUCUCCAUUGUUUUGUACUGUAUCAUACUUUUGUGUGACUUUUGGAUUUUGUUAAAUUAUUUAAAAAUAUAUUAAAAUAUUAUUUUAAAAGAA